ACCCAUUUCUAGAGCGGAUAAAUACAGCCCAGACACAACACCUCACCCAGGCUACACCAGACGUAUCCUCGUCCUAAAUGUGAAUACCGCAGGUAAUUCCACGUAUUGUUUACGAUUCCUCUCCGCUGCAUGUGGAGUGUGAGUGUGGACACCUAGAAAUAUGUUGACUGAGUCACUGCUGCCACGACGCUGACACAUUCCAGGAGAGGAGGACUGUCCGGGCUGCCUCUCUUCUGAUAAGCAUCCUAUGGUAUUCUGUCAAGAUGGCGGUGUCGGCAACGGAAAGGGACGCAAUAAAUACUGAAGAUGACCAUCACAACGAUUCGUUCGGGAACCCCGGGCUUAUCUCGCCGGAUAGGGAGGACAUUGCACGGCUUCUGAAGGUGCCAUUCAGCGGCCGCAUCAGAGGAGGUAUGAGGCCGGGGAAGAAGGUCAUUGUCAUGGGCAUUGUUGAUCUGGAGCCAGACAGCUUUGACGUCAGCCUGACUUGCGGCCGCGGCACAGAGAAGGAGGAGCCACAGCCGGAUGUGGCCCUGAAACUCAGCGCUCGAUUCGCUGAGCGCCAGUUUCUGCGUAACUCCCGCGUCUCGGGAAAAUGGAGCGAGGAGGAGAAGUCUAUCGACUACUUCCCCUUCAUCCCUGACCAGCCCUUCAGGAUUGAGAUCCACUGCGAACACACGCGCUUCCGGAUAUUUGUGGACGGAAACCCGCUCUUUGACUUUUUUCACAAAGUGAAAUCUUUGCCGUCCAUCGAUACAGUGAGGAUAGAAGGGGGUCUACAGAUCACCAAGCUCGGUUAACCAACCCAGCUGCUAUGCCAGUGUGUGACACAACAAGAACUCAAUACAGGUGAACACACACACCUGUUACUACAAUACCCACAAUGCAACACGGCAGCGACAGUGGGCCUAGCGCUUUGGAAAGGCCUCGCCCAUCCCGGUUUGGUUCUGAUGUCACUCCUCUUCUUCUUUCCCCUUUAUCUUGUCACGUCUCAACCAAGAUCUGACGUUAUUGUGACCUUCCUAAUUGUUGGUUGAAUGGUUGCAAUGCAACGCAGCUCUGUGUGUCUUUGUUCUGCAAGAAUUCCUUUGUUUUCUUCCUCAGUUCUGUGUGUGUCAGGGAUCUCACAAUAUAAACGCCUUCUCAUGGUUACCAAGCAUCCUAUGGGGAUUUUGCUGAGAGAGGGGGCCCCAUUCCAAAUGUAUUAGUGCACUGCUUUUGGGGCACUAUUGGUGCUAUUUGGGACACAACUGUAGAGCACUCAAAAAUAUUUGCUUUCAUGUGGAGAAAUCCUACAAUUCUCAGGAGGUUUCUCAGGAAUCAACACUAUUUAUCACGUAUAACAUCAUCACUGUAAAUGAGGGUUAUUUCGUGGGGUUGACAAGCUCAAUAUUAUGGGAGCUUCCAUUUUUACACUCCCUCCCUGUUCUUGAAUUGGGUUUAAUUAAUUGGUUGGUUGGUUGUCAUGGUUAUUGGCAUCCUAACUCAAUGACCUACAUACAGAGGUUGCAUUCUAAAUUGCAUUCUAUUCCCUAUAUAGUGCACUACUUUGAUCAGGGCCUAUUGGGCUCUGGCCAAAACUAUUGCACUACUUAGGGAAUAGGGUGCCAUUUGGAAAGGGAAAUGAGGAUUAUAUUGUGGAGUCUCAGCAAGAUGUACCGUAGCAGCUUAUUGAUUGAAAUGUCUUGUAACUGUAUGCAAUGUAUUAAUGGUGGUUCUUACUCACAGUUUCAGUUCAUUGCAACCAUUCUCCUCCUGUAGAUAUAGAUAUUGCACUGACAUAGAGCUAUGUGGUAGUGAAUACAAUGUAUUGUUCAUUUGGAGCUUCGUUUACAUUGCUUAUUCAACAGUGAUGAAUGAUUGGUUCGUUUUAAAGGGUUAGUUCACCACAAAAUCCAAGUUUAUCAGAUGUGUUUUAUACCUCAACUGUUCUGUGUGGAGCUAAUAAACUGGAAUUAGAGGUGCCAA